AUGGGCUCACCCUUAUCACCGGUAAUUGCAGACAUAGUGAUGCAAGAUCUGGAGUCCAAGGUUCUGAAUAACAUAAAUGUGAUUCUACCGUUUUACGUACGCUACGUGGACGAUAUCGCUUUGGCAGCACCCACCGAAGCGAACCUGAUCGACGUGUCGGACACGAUCGUGGAAAGAAAAAAGUACUUGGUCUUCCCGUAUUUAAAAGACGUGUCUGAAAAAAUAUCUACGUCCCUGAAUAAAGACAUAAUUAGACUAGGUUUUAGAUGUCUAAAUAAGCUGGAUAAGUUUAUUAAGGCACACAAGGACAAGAACAUAAAAACAGAAUGUAACAACGUCGUCUAUAAAUUAAAUUGUAACGACUGCAAUGCCUCGUACGUAGGACAAACAAAGAGAAAAUUAAAAACAAGAAUCAAGGAGCAUGUGAACAACAUUAAACUUGAAACAGCGAAAAUAUCCGUUAUUAGCGAACACAGACUCCAACAAAAUCAUUCGAUCGAUUGGAAAAAUGUAAAAAUCCUUGAUUUUGAACCAAAUUAUCAUAAACGCUUAAUUUCCGAGAUGAUACACAUUAACGAACAAAAAAAUGGUCUUAAUCAAAAAACGGAUACGGAACUGUUAGACGACUGUUACAACACUAUUUUGAACAAACUGGUCGAUAUGUAA